CCCACAAUUCGACUCUCUCCCUUAACCCUUGUUCCGUUCCGGCGAACGACCCAUAGAAGCUUUCCGCCGCCGCCGCCGACCGGACUAAGAUAUCCGACGCCGACCUCCAGACUACUGCUCCGAUCUUUCAAUAUCUAGGCAUGGCUUCUCUAUUCAAGGAUCCUAACAAACUCUCGGCAUAUCGAGAUAGGAGAUUUCAAGGAACUCAAGAAGAAUUUGAACACGCACUACAAACAUCUUCUACUCUUUAUGUUGGGAACAUGUCAUUUUACACCACCGAAGAGCAAGUUUAUGAGUUGUUCUCCCGAGCUGGAGAAAUUAAGAGGCUAACUAUGGGUCUUGAUAAGAACACAAAAACUCCUUGCGGUUUUUGCUUUGUCCUGUAUUAUUCUAGAGAAGAUGCUGAAGAUGCUGUUAAAUAUGUAAGUGGGACAAUUCUUGAUGAUCGUCCAAUUCGUGUGGAUUUUGAUUGGGGGUUUGAAGAGGGAAGGCAAUGGGGCCGUGGUCGAAGUGGGGGGCAGGUUCGUGAUGAGUAUCGAACAGAUUAUGAUCCUGGCAGAGGGGGUUAUGGUAAAUUGGUCCAGAAAGAAUUGGAAGCUCAACGAGAGCUAGUUGACUAUGGUGGUGCAACAUCACUAGGAUCUUUCCCUCCAGUUAUUCAGCCCCGAUAUGGUGGUAGACAUGGAGGAAAUCAUGGUCAUGGAGGAGGCGGCUCUUAUAGACAGGGUAAAGAUUUCCGAAAGCGAGAUCGUGAUGAUGACCGACGUGGGCCAUUCGUCAACAAGAGAAACUCCGAUCACGAGUCCAGAAGAAAUCCUGAUUCUGAAACUAGGCCGGAGAAGAAUCCCCGUUUCCGUGAUAAGGGCGACUCCGAUGAGGAGGAGGAAGAUGACCAUAAGAGGCGACGUUAGUCAAGUUAUUGUUUAUAAAUACCAGAUGAUUGGUCAAUUGCUUCUGUACUUUUGAAUUGGAUUUUGUGCUGCAAUCGGAACCAACAUAAUCUUUUCGCCUCUUUUAUGUAUUUUUGAAUUGAUCAAACACUUUUAAUUUUCUUAAAAGUUUGGUAUCUGAAGAUUUACAGUUGAUUAUUGCUCAUCUAAAUUUAUUAAUUUGGUGGUA